AUGGGAGCUUGUGUUGAGCCAACGCGCUUCGCCAGCCUCGACCUGGGCUCCCCGCAGCCUCUGCUUGCCACAGACACCGACGCCGCCAUGGCGUACCCACCUCUGCCGGGCCACGUCCUGCGCCCCGCCGGAGGCUCACCCGUGCGUGGCCGCAGCGCCUUCGCCGCCCUCGUCUCGCCGCCCCGGAAGGCGGCUGCGGACGACGGCGACGAAGAUCCGGAUGGCCACGGGCCGCCCGGCUCGCGCUACUACCUCCGCCACCUCCGGGCGGUGGAGGAGCCGCCGGCGCGCGACCCCCGCGACGAGGGCACCGCGGACGCGUGGGUCGAGCGCAGCCCGUCGCUGCUCCGGCUCACGGGGCGGCACCCGUUCAACGCCGAGCCCCCGCUGCCGCUGCUCACGGGGCACGGCUUCGUCACCCCGGGCCCGCUGCACUACGUGCGCAACCACGGCGCCGUGCCGCGCGGCGACUGGGCGACGUGGACCGUCGAGGUGACGGGGCUCGUCCGGCGCCCCGCGCGGCUCACCAUGGAGGAGCUCGCCGGGAGCUUCCGCGUGCUGGAGCUGCCCGUCACGCUCGCCUGCUCCAGCGGCCGGCGCAAGGAGCAGAACAUGGCGCGGCAGACGCUGGGCUUCAACUGGGGCCCCGGCGCCGUCUCCACCUCCGUGUGGCGCGGCGCGCCGCUCCGCGACGUGCUGCGCCGGUGCGGCGGCGUCGAGCGCGGGGCGCGCUACGUGUGCUUCGAGGGCGCCGAUGACCUCCCCGGCGGCGGCGGCGGAGGGGGGUGCAGCUACGGCACCAGCAUCGCGCUCAAGCGGGCCAUGGACCCGACCAUGGACGUCAUGCUCGCCUACAUGCAGAACGGCGGGCCGCUGCUGCCGGACCACGGCUUCCCGGUGCGACUCAUCGUCCCCGGUUGCACGGCCGGCCGCAUGGUCAAGUGGCUCCGCCGCAUCGUCAUCACCACCGCCGAGUCCGACAACUACUACCAUUACCGGGACAACCGCUUCCUGCCGUCCCACGUCGACGUCAAGCUCGCCGACGCCGAAGGGUGGUGGUACAAGCCCGAGUACGUCAUCAACGAGAUGAACGUAAACUCGGUGAUCACGACGCCGGGGCACGGCGACAUCCUGCCCAUCAACGCCGCCACCACACAGAGCGCCUACACCGUCAGAGGAUUCGCCUAUUCGGGUGCUGGCAAGAAGGUGACGCGGGUGGACGUGACGCUGGACGGCGGUGAGACAUGGCUCCUCUGCGCACUCGACCACCCGGAGAAGCCCACCAAGUUCGGCAAGUGCUGGUGCUGGUGCUUCUGGUCCGUUGACGUCGAGGUCGCCGACCUCCUCGCCUCCAAGGAGAUCGCCGUCCGCGCCUGGGACCAAUCGCUCAACACCCAGCCCGAGAACCUCACCUGGAACCUCAUGGGAAUGAUGACCAACUGCUGGUUCAGGGUGAGGAUCAGCUUGUGCCGCCCUCGCAAGGGGGAGAUCGGGAUGGUGUUCGAUCACCCGGUGCAGCCGGGCAACCAGCCGGGCGGGUGGAUGGCGCGGCAGAAGCACCUCGAGCUCGCGGAGGCCGCCGCCGCCGCCGCCGCGCCGGGGAUCCACUGGACCACGUCCGCGGUGACGUUGGCGGACACCACCGCCAGCAAUGCCGCCAGCAAGUUCAUCACCAUGUCCGAGGUGCGCGGGCACGCGUCGCGGGACUCGGCGUGGAUCGUCGUCCACGGCCACGUCUACGACUGCACCGCGUACCUCAAGGACCACCCGGGCGGCGCCGACAGCAUCCUCAUCAACGCCGGCACCGACUGCACCGAGGAGUUCGACGCCAUCCACUCCGACAAGGCCAAGGCGCUCCUCGGCGCCUACCGCGUCGGCGAGCUCGUCGCCGCCGGCGAUGGCGGCGACAGCCCGGACACCCCCAUCAAGGACCAGGAGGCCGCCGUGAUCAGGUCCCCGCCGCCGGCGCCCGUCGCGCUCUCCAACCCGCGCAAGAAGGUCCCCUGCCGCCUCGUCGGCAGGAAGGAGCUGUCCCGCGACGUCCGCCUGCUCCGCUUCGCGCUGCCGGCGUCGGACCAGGUGCUCGGCCUCCCGGUCGGCAAGCACCUCUUCGUGUGCGCCAACAUCGACGGGAAGCUGUGCAUGCGCGCGUACACGCCGACGAGCUCCGUCGACGAGGUCGGCCACUUCGACCUCCUCGUGAGGGUGUACUUCAAGGACGAGCACCCCGAGUUCCCCGGCGGGGGCCGCAUGACCCAGUUCCUGGACUCGCUCCCGGUCGGCUCCUACGUCGACGUCAAGGGCCCUCUCGGCCGCGUCGAGUACCUCGGCCGCGGCGGCUUCGCGAUCAACGGCGGCGAGCCGCGCAGGGCGAGCCGCCUCGCGAUGGUCGCCGGCGGGAGCGGGAUCACGCCGAUAUACCAGGUGAUCCGGGCGGUGCUGCGCGGGCAGCCGGAGGACGAGACGGUGAUGCACCUCGUGUACGCCAACCGGACGGAGGACGACAUCCUCCUGCGCAGCGAGCUGGACCGGUGGGCGGCGGAGUUCCCCGGCCGGCUCAAGGUGUGGUACGUGAUCGGCCGGGUGAGGCGGCCGGAGGAGGGGUGGGAGUACAGCGUCGGGGUCGUGACGGAGGACAUUCUGCGGGAACACCUGCCGGAGGGCGGCGACGGCGCGCUGGCCCUCGCCUGCGGGCCGCCGCCGAUGAUCCAGUUCGCCGUCUCGCCGAACCUUGAGAAGAUGGGAUACGACCUGUCCAAUUCCGUCAUCGUCUUUUAAGUUUGUGUAGUAAGUGCCAUGCCGCCGGAUAAAGGAUCUCCAUCUACUAAUAAAUCCAAAAUGGUGAAGAAGGGAAAUAUAUUA